AAAAGUUGGAAGUGUGUAAAAAUUCGAUUAAGAAUGAAAAUUUAUGUCGCAUUUCUUUUGUUCUCGGCUGUCAUGUUUGUUAAUGGUUUGACGGAUGAAGAAGAAUGGGCAGAGUAUAAGAUUAAGUUUGAGAGAAAUUAUGAUGACGAAGAAGACAAAAUUAGGUUCGAAAUUUUCAAGGAGAAUUUUGCCAGUGUAAAAGCUCAAAAUGAAGAAUAUGAAAGAGGUGAAAAGACAUGGAUGGCACACUUGAAUAGUUUCAGUGACCGAAAGGAGGAAGAACUGCCAUUUCGAAGGAGACCAAUCUUGAAGAAUAAUUAAAAAUUGAAAGAAAAGAUAAAAAAAUAUUUAAUAAGAGAGAAGUGAA